UCCUUCGAGCCGGAUCGGAUGGUGAAAACCGCGUAAAAGUGAUCACAGACAAAACUCGUGUUUUCAUACUUGUACGAAUUCUAAUUGUGAAAUUGAUUCAUCAGAUCCAAUGGCGGAUGAUAAGCACUCGACAGGAGACGGAGCGUCCAAGGAGGAGGCUCCCACUCUCCCACUCACUCCAACUAUUGUCAUCAACGCAACCGAUGACCACUCGACCACUCCAACAAGGAUACUACCAGCCACCGGUAAUCCCAGCGACUCCGACAUCACCGAUGUGGAAAUCCCUAAGGGACGAACACUCGAUGCUCAAGACCCCAAGAAGCGUACUCGCAGGAAGUCCACCAAGGGCUGCGAACUCGAACUCAAGAUCAACAGUCAGCUGUCCAGGUUGACGCUAAUCUCGGACACUGAAGCUCUUGCUCCAUCACUCACUGCUGCCGAAGGUGCAGCAGCACUCAAGGCUCGGCUCGAAGUACUCACCCAGGAGUGGCAGCAGUUUUCCGUUGUCCACGACUACCUGGGGGCCAACGCAACGGAAGAAUUUCUCCAGCACUCGUACAUGAAGGAUGGCAUCUUUGAUGUAGCAUACAGGUCAUACCUGGGAGCUUGCACUCGCCUAUCAACACUCAUCCACGCACUCGACACUCCUGCUCAACCCAUUCAAGCUCAGAACUCGACUUAACGCUCACACAGUAGCGUCAAUCUUGCUCCACUCAACAUCACGCCAUUUUCUGGUGACUACGCCAAGUGGCCAGAGUUCAGGGACAUGUUCAAGUCCGUAGUGAUCAACCGCACUGGCCUGGAGGACGUCGAACGUCUUCAUUAUUUGAAGACGUACCUGACAGGACAAGCAGCUCAAGCAAUCGCCAACACACCCAUGUGUAACGAGAGCUUCUCACUCGCCUGGGGUGCCAUCUGUAAACGAUACGAGGUACCUCGACUACUAAUCGGAGCUCAACUCGACAACAAGCUGGUAAACCUCCCAGCACUCACCUCACGCUCGUCAAAACAACUCUACUCGCUCAUUGAUCAGACCCACGAGGCGAUCAAUGCACUCUUAUCUCAGAGAUCAAUCUCCAGGAUGGUGACUGCUACCUUCUCACUCACAUCAUCACCUCAAAACUCGACCGCUCAACUCGCGAACAGUGGGAAUUGUCACUGGGGGCUUCAGUAGAGUUCCCAAGACUCAAACAACUGCGUCAAUUCCUCACGGAUCGUGCUCGUGCUCAAGAAAGGUACGAAGAAAGUACUGCCAAGACUGGGGGUGCUCAAAAAUCCAGUCACUCGAACUCGCACUCAAGCUCCAAAGUCUAUAAGAACACUUAUGCUCAUAUGGCGACAUCUGCUGCUCAAAAAUCGGCUGGAACGUCAACACCAGCAAGCAAUCAACCCAAGGUGGUGGCCAAAACACAGUAUCCGUGUGACCUAUGCCAAGGUGACCACUACCUGGUCAGAUAUGACCAGUUUGGGAGAAUGACUCCACAACAACGCACUCAGCUGGUGAUCCAAGCCAGAUUGUGUCCAAAUUGUCUUGGACACCACCGAGUCGAGUCAUGCAACUCACCAUUCCGUUGCAGAGUGUGUCAAGAACAGCACCACUCUAUGAUUCAUCCAGGAAUCCCUGCAACUCACACCCAAAGUGCCCCUGCUCAAGCUCAAUAAGAUUUUGCGCUUCCGCACGACACUCAAGCACUCAAUACUCACUCGCACUCGCCUACUACAAGCUCAUCGAACUCAAACAGCACUCUUGCCCACACUCAAACUCACAAUGCUUAUGAUCGCAGAUCUAAUUCGUCACUCGCCUACUCAGAACUCGACAACUGGUUGUACUUCAGCUCAUCACUAUGCAACGUUACUCGCAACUUGUCAGGUCUACGUCAUAACCAAGUUAAGUACUCAUCCAAUUCGCAUUCUCUUAGAUACCGGUUCUGAGAUAUCCUUUGUUUCAGAUUCAUUGGUAAGAAUGCUGAAUAUUUCUCGUGCUCGAUCGCACCUUACUAUCCUAGGGAUCGGUGCAGCUAAAGCUGGCCGUACCAGGGGAUGUGCAACUAUCACUCUGCGCUCAUGCCACUCGGACCAAUCACUCACGAUAAAGGCACACAUUCUCAGUGGUUUAACUGCUCGAUUACCAUCUGACUAAGUCUAGAUACUGACUUGGCCCAGUACUCGCAUCUCACGCUCGCAGAUCCAGACUUUGGAACUCCAGGUCCAACGGAUGUCAUCCUUGGAGCUGAUUAUUACGGCCAGGUCAUCACUGGCGAAAUCAUCAAAUGCAAAUCUCCUGGAUUACUCGCUCAAAAUACAAUUUUUGGCUGGAUUAUCAUUGGUCCAGUCCAAGCUCGGCUCAACAAACCACUUAGAAUUCAUCAUGCUGUCUCCAAUCAUCAUGAUCAAGAUCUUCAAGAUAUACUAACUCGGUUCUGGCUUCAAGAAGAAGUCAGUUCAACUCAAUCACGCUCAUUAGCUCCCGAAGAAGAGGCUUGUGAAGCUCACUUCCGGGACACUCACACUCGAGACAGUUCUGGCAGAUACAUUGUUAGACUGCCAUUAAUAUCGGACCCGCAACAACUGGGGAACUCAUACACAGCAGCUCGUCGCUGCUUACAACAUCUCAUGCGACGUCUUGAUCAUGAUGCUCGGCUCAAAACAUUCUACAUGAAUUUCAUGGCAGAGUAUCUCGAACUCCAGCACAUGGUGCCUGCGGCAUCAUCUACAUCAUCAAUUCAAUACUUCCUACCUCACUAUGGGGUACUGAAGGAAGACAACAACAACUUCAAGAUCCGUGUGGUCUUCAACGGCUCAAAACCAACCUGUUCAGGACUCUCACUCAACGACAUCAUGCAUACCGGGCUAAAAUUACUCGUUAACAUCUUUGACGUACUCAUCAGCUCAAGUCAACACCGGUUGAUCUUUAUCACAGAUGUUACCAAAAUGUAUCGACAAAUUGUGGUUCACGAAAAGGACCAGAGUCUGCAACAAAUACUCUGGUUUGACGAGGAAGGAAACAUCAUUCCCUUCAAACUCACCACAGUUACCUAUGGGACGAAAUCGGCUCCAUUGCUUGCGGUUCGAUCCCUACUCCAAUUAGUCGGAGAUGAAGGACAUCGGUUCCCACUCACAAUCGAUCCACUCACCAAAGGACGGUAUGUCGACGACAUUUCCGGAGGCGCAGAUGAUCUCGAGUCACUGCAAGCAGUUGCAGAUGACAUCGAGGGUCUGUGCAUGGCGGGCGGGUUCCCACUCGCUAAAUGGGCAAGCAAUCAUCGCAAAUUACUUCAGCUCAAUCGUGCGGAAGCGAUUACACAAUAUAAAAUAGAGGAUCCAGAAGUCAGCACCAAAAUUCUUGGGAUGUACUGGUCUUCAAACAAGGAUCAAUUCUCGUUCAAACACUCGCCACCAUGCUCAACUCAACCGUGCACAAGGGGUGCAAUUUUAUCAGAGAUUGCUCAGAUCUUUGAUCCACUGGGAUUCUUAUCACCACUCAUAAUUCAAGCCAAAAUGUUCAUGCAAGAACUUUGGCUUGUCAAACUCGGCUGGGACACUCCAUUGUCUGUAGAACUACGUCAGAAAUGGAUUUCAUUCAAGACUCAACUCAACAUGAUUGAUAUUAUCAAAAUUCCCAGAUGCAUCCACUGGUCCACGAACUCGGCUCUAGAAAUCCAUGGAUUCUCCGAUGCCUCGCAAUUGGCGAUGGCUGCGGUAGUUUUUAUCAAGGUCCUACCAACGACUCGAACUCAGAGGGCAAAGGAUAGGCUGCUUUGCUCUAAUUGUAUUCUAAUUUCUGAUUUCUGUAGAAUAUUUUGGAAUUUUAAAAUAAUUUCUAAAUCCUAUCAUUUUUUGGGGACAUCGAAGAAUUAAAGUAUAAUUCAAAUUUUUUAUUUUGUUGAAUAUACUAUUAAAUUCUCCAAUAAUAUAUAAUAUAUAUAUUAUUUUUCUACUUAUUAAAUGUUGUUUUAUUAAUUUAGAUAUAACAGUAAAUUUCGUUAGAUUAUUUUGACUUUUAGAUGCAAGAAAAUUACGUUUAUAAGAAGAGCAAAAAUUUUAUCAGAGCACUUAGUUCAGUGUCCAGGACUCGAGUAAAUCUCUCGUGAUUUUUGAAGGGAUCGACGGAUCAAAAAAGGAUUUGAGGCAUCUAUAAGGACUUCCAUAAAUUUAGUUUUUCUGAAAAUUACAGCAGAUUUGACUGACCCAUUCAAAAGUUAUAAGAAGUUCAAAAACGGCUAAUUUUACAAAUCGUCAAGUUUACAAUCGGCUAAUGUUAUAAGUUACAGCAGUAAGAAUUGGGUGUUUUCAAGUAUUACCUGGAUACAUCUCCAUGGUACAAAAAUUUAGAUCCGCUAGCGAAAGACUAUCUUUAUGGAAAACUAGGAGGCUAUUUAAGUAAAUUUAUAUCCAAUUUGAAAGCUCCCAAGAGAACGAACAUCCGAAAAAUACAUGAAGACGGUAAAAAAAAUGAUCGUAACAAUAAUAAAACGAAGAGCUCUUUAGACAGAGAAGAAAAAGAAGAAGAAGAAGAAUUAGAAGGAGAAGAAAAAGACUACCAAGAAUACCAAGAAGAAAGAAAUGAUGAUGGUGAGGAUGGAAAAGGUGAUAAAGAUGAAGAACAUUAUGAAAAUCGUGAAGAUAAUGAUGGUGAAGAUGAUGAUAGUGAUUAUUAUGAUAAUAAUGAAGAUUAUGACAUAAAAAGUAGAUUAUCAAAGAUGAGAGAAUUAAGAAAACAUGAUCUUGAAAAUUCCGAUGAAGAUUUAUUAGAGUAAAAAAUAUAUAUGAAUAAAAAGUUUU